CACCGGCCAGUGCGGUAGGUUCGGGGUAGAGAGGUGGUGAGGACAGCGGGACUGGAGAGCUUCUUGUUGAAGCGUACAGGGGUUGUACCUCCCGCCUGUUAUCAGCUGGGACUUCAGACCAGACAGGAGCCUCUGUUCGGACAGAGAAGGAGUUUUCUUUUUUGAACCAGGGACUACUCUGUACUUUACACUUAAGGGAUUCGCUUCGGAACCUCCGGUUCCCCCCCCCCCGCUGCGCGCGAGGUUGCACUGUGGUUGCACGUCAGCGGACUAACGAGACACACGAGGAGAUAACGGAGCCGUGCGUGGGAAUGGACUGAGGUUUUAAAGCAGCAGGGGAGCAGUGCACGUCAAACCUACUCUGCAGCAUCAGUGAUACCUAUUUCACCGUGCGGCAGCAGUCAGCAGGAGCAGCAGUAUGCAGCGAGAGGAAUCCUUUCAGAUGCUUUCCCCCUCCAGACGGUGAAGAAAGGGUUCGGAGGGGACGAGGCAGUUGGGAUAUAUGGGAGAUUUGUUGGAUAUUAACCAGCCCGUCGUUGUAAACUUGUGUCCGGGAUGGGGAAAGAGCAAGAGCUGCUGGAAGCCGCCCGUACCGGGAAUGUCGCCCUGGUGGAGAAAUUGUUGAGUGGGAAGAAGGGGAUACUCGGGUCAGGCUCAGGCUCCAUCCCUCUGCCCAACCUACUGAGCAUGUGGAAGGGCCUGAAUGUCAACUGCACAGACAGCACAGGAUAUACACCUUUACAUCAUGCUUCACUUAAUGGACACAGGGAAGUUGUACUAAAGCUGCUCCAGUUUGAGGCGUCCACAAAUGUGCCUGACAGCAAGGGUUGCUUCCCGCUGCACCUGGCCGCCUGGCGGGGAGACGUGGACAUCGUCCGCAUCCUGAUCCACCACGGACCCUCACACUGCCGGGUCAACCAACAGAACCAUGAGAAAGAAACAGCGCUUCACUGUGCAGCCCAGUAUGGACACUCUGAGGUGGUUUCAGUGCUGCUUCAGGAGCUGACCGACCCCGCCAUGAGAAACAGCCAACAGGAGACUCCUCUGGACCUGGCAGCGCUGUAUGGACGGCUGCAGGUGGUGCGCAUGUUGGUGAGCGCUCACCCCAACCUGAUGACCAGCCACACUCGCCGCCAUACUCCGCUUCACCUAGCUGCACGCAACGGACACCACAGCACCGUCAAGACCCUUCUCGAGGCCGGCAUGGACGUCAACUGUGUGACCGAGAAUGGCAGUGCCCUCCAUGAAGCAGCUCUCUUUGGGAAGAUGGAUGUAGUUCGCCUUCUGCUCGACUCAGCGAUUGACACCAAUCUGAGAGACAGCCUGGGGAGAACAGCUCUGGAGAUCCUGGGAGAACAUCCUGCACAAAAAUCCCAGCAGAUCACUGCUGUUAUCCAAGAAUAUAUCAUGGACGAGAUGGAAAGGAGUAGUAUCGUGGAGGAGCCUGUUCGCAAGUGUCCAAUCCCUGCUCCUCGAACCUCUGUUCCGUCGCCCUCUGCCUCCCCCUUGCUCAGACACAAAAAUGAUGCUGUGACAAGUGAGCUGUCCAAACUGCUCCAUGAGAUCAAAAAGUGCCGGGACAGGGACUACUCCUUUGAGGAGCUCUGCCACACCAUCUCUUCCCACUCCAUGGACAGCUUUGGCAGCGGGCGGCUUUCUGACGAAGAACGCCCAGACCGACCCAACGGCACUCUGACCCGAGUCAAGCGGCUGACCCCGCCUCUCGCUGUGGCCGUGGAGGAGGACGAGGUAGAAAAGAGUUGUGGCCCCACUGGAUUCUGGGAGGCCCUGACACCCUGCAACGGCUGCCGCCACCUGAGCUUUUCCAGCCUGGAAAAGGUUUUUUCUAUGUUUAUGUGUGUGAGGAACUCACUUCUCCUAACUCAAUGCACUCCCACUUCCUCUGCUUUGCUUCCUCAAUACAAACUCAUUUUCCUCUUCCUGCUCUGUCUCCUGCUCGUCUCCUUUGGAUUCUCUGACACAAACUCCAAAGAUUCAAAGCGGUCAGCAGAGAUUGUCGCCUCGCCAUCUCUGGAUGUUUUCCUGCCAGAGGACGAGGACAACCCGUAUGAGUCUGUGACUACAGCCGUCACACGCAAACCCUGCUCCCUCGAUAUCAACCACCAGCUCAACGCCUUUCCACGCAAUGGUCACUUGUCCCAAGUAACGGCAAGUGAGGGUGAGCACGGUAACCAUGGCAACUGCUCGACGGGCCCCACUCCAGACUGCUCCCCCCCCUCCCCCGACACAGCCUUGAAGAACAGUGAGAGUCAUCCGCCCACUGAUGAGGGUGACUCCCUGUCGGGCUCAUACAUCAUCAUCCUAUUCCUGGUUGCCUGUCUGGGCUGUGAUCCUGUUUGGUUGAUGCAUUGGUCCUUUAAACAUCCCUGGUGUCUGCGGAAUGCUGCGGCUAUGGUGUUGUUCCCGGCGGAUGAACUCUCCACAGUGCUGUGCUGCAUUCUGCCCAAGCAGCGCACCUCUCUGUCUUCGUCCCUGGAUGUCCAGAGGCCGGUCAACAUCAGCUGUGAGCCCAGCGAAGUGAGCUCAUCCCUGGGCUACGCCAGCUUCAGCACCAGCCCCCCUGCCAGCCCCCCACUCAGCCCUAACCAGGAAGACUCUCCAGGCUCCAACGACGAUUGUCAGCUCACAGACGACGGGCCCUACCAGCAAGACCCAUCUCCUCCUACUCCUCUCUGCUCUUCCUUCAAAUCCAACGCUUUGUUGGAGGAGCGCAGAAAGAGCCACAUUCCAGAGGAGUUUGCAGGCCUCCUUCAUGGAUCUUCCCCGGCUUGUGAAACCCCUGAUACGCCUUACCAUCUUUACAGCCCCAAACCCCAAAAAUAUGCUUCUACGGACACCCAGAGCAGCCUGUUGCAGACCCCGGAGUUCAGCAUAGUAAUUGGAGGAGGACCCACUCAGAUCGUCCCCAGGACGGGGUGCAAGUCAUCGCCUCAGAGGGCCGCCCACGACCCCCAGAAGCCACAGGUGGUGUACCGGACUAUCUUCCACACUAGAGUCAACCAGGACCAGGCCCAAACCAGGAACUGGGAGCAGGCAGAUCAACCUUGUGGCUGGUCUUCACUGGGCCACCCACCCUCCAACUCCCCUGGUGAGAACGGGAAAGUUCCAGAGCUACGGGGAAUCCAGACAGGAGGUGUGCCCAAGGGCAGUUCAUUGGGUGCUGGCUACGAAGAGAGGGCUUGCACCCUGGGGAGGAUGAGGUCCGUGCCCCGCAAUGUUUUGGACUUGCAGUUGUCAAAAUCUCUGUCCAAAUCUGAUUCCAACCUGGUGGCUGUAUCUCCCAUACAGGAGGAGCACGGCUGGGGGUCUGGAUCUCGUGGCCAGGGGCCUGGAAGUCCCAGCACCAGAGAGGGUGCCAGCCCAGGGGGAAGACUGGAGAGAACGCCCUCCUUUACUGCUGAGUGGGAAGAGAUUGACAAGAUUAUGAGCUCUAUUGGGGCAGGAAUAAGCAGUGGAUUGGACAUUAAGAAAGACACCUCAGGUCCCCGCUGCCCACUGCAGUCCGUGGGCCAGUGGCUUGACUCCAUCGGCCUGGUCCAGUAUGAGAACCACCUGCUGGCCAAUGGAUUUGACAAUGUCCAGUUCAUGGGCAGCAAUGUGGUGGAAGACCAAGACCUGCUGGAGAUUGGGAUCCUUAACUCGGCCCACAGACAACGCCUCCUGCAGGCCAUACGGCUGCUGCCCAGGGUGCGACCUGUCGGUUACGAUGGCAACAAUCCCACGUCGGUGGCAGAGUGGCUGGAGUCUUUGGAGCUUGGCGACUACACCAAGUCUUUCCUCGUCAAUGGUUACACCUCCAUGGAGCUGGUGAAGAAGAUCUGGGAGAUCGAGCUCAUCAAUGUACUGAAGAUCGGUCUUAUCGGACAUAGAAAACGGAUCCUUGCCUCAUUGGGGGACCGGCUACACGAAGAAACCCCACAAAAACCUCCGCGGGCCAUCUCCCUCAGGGAGCCCGGUGGGAACCACACUCCUCCCCAGCUCAGCCCGUCAGUGGGCCAGGCAGCGUACACGGCGGGGGUCCCGGGCGGAUCUCUGGACGUGCAGCACCUCAUCAUGCAGGCGGAUGCCCGGCGCAGGCAGCGCAGUAAUGACAACUACUUCGAGGACGUGCCGCGAUCCAAGCUGGAGCGACAGAUGGCCCAAGUCAGCAUGGCAGGCGAGUGGUGCGAGCCGAUCACGUUGCGUCCGCCCAACGAGGCCACCUCGUCCACCCCGGUGCAGUACUGGCAGCAUCACCCCGAGAAGCUCAUCUUUCAGUCCUGUGACUACGAAGCCUACUACCUGGGCUCCAUGCUGGUGAAGGAGCUGAGAGGGACAGAGUCCACACAAGAUGCUUGUGCCAAAAUGAGGAAGUCGACAGAACAGAUGAAGAAAGUGCCGACCAUCGUGCUCUCCGUGUCCUACAAAGGAGUUAAGUUCAUUGACGCCACAAAUAAGAACAUCAUAGCAGAACAUGAGAUUCGUAACAUUUCGUGUGCGGCUCAGGAUCCAGAAGAUCUGUCUACAUUUGCCUACAUCACCAAAGACCUCAAGUCCAGUCACCACUACUGCCACGUCUUCACUGCUUUUGAUGUGAACCUGGCGUAUGAGAUCAUUCUGACACUCGGCCAGGCCUUCGAGGUGGCCUACCAGCUAGCCCUGCAGGCCAGAAAGAGCGGCCACGGAUCAUCCACACUGCCUGAGAGCUUUGACAGCAAGCCCAGCAAACCUGUCCCCAAACCUCGAGUCAACAUCCGCAAAUCUAUGGAGCAGCCGUCCAUGGACCAGAAGGGCCACGCCAACGUGCCAUGGAUUGUGGAGCCGGGUCAGGAGGCCAAGAGAGGAGUCAACACCAAGUAUGAGACCACUAUUUUCUAACAUACACCCACCUUGUCCACUCCUGUGUGUGUGUGCCUUUCAGAGGUUGCCCUGUACUGGGGCCCCGCCCCGGAGUUGGGCAAGAGCGACGCACGCCGCCGCGUCACCUCACCGGCUGAAAAAUAAAAAAAACAAAACAUCCCGCCCCCGUUAGACGAGCCUGUCCACUGCAUGAUGACUUUUGGCACUGCGCUGUCUCUCUUCUUUCUCCUUGUCUCUUCUUCUCUUUGUUUCCGCUCUCCCCCUCUUUGGCCCCGGCCCCAUCCUCCUGCCUGCAGGGCUGGCGCAUGACCUUUGAAACCAGGGAUGUGGUGCACGUCUCUGUCUCCACCUGUAGGGGGAAUGGUCAGCUCCAUUUUUCCACUUCCUGUUUGUCGGUCAGCAGUCAACCAUUUGGUUGUUCUGCUUUCAGCUUCUUGUUUUUUUUCUCUUCCUGUUGAUGGGUGCAACCGUUUGGCUUCGUCUCUCCUAUUUUUUCUCCUCUGACUGCCUCCAAACCUCGCUUCUCUUAACAUUUUAGGCCCUUUGUCCAACUGCCCCGACAACUUGAAUGAGAUUUGUAACCAGACUACUGCUAAAAGCUGUGACAGUGUUUUAGCUGUCUGUUAAGCCCAACGUGGGAGCUGACAAUGAGGAGGGCCGUUGUCGAAACAUGACAACUGGAGGAAAGUUCAGACUUUUUAGACAUUUUUUUAAUCAAAAAGGAGACCUGAAUUACAGGAGAGGUGAUGUAGCACAGUCUAACUUUGACUCAAACUGGUUCAUCCAGCAGGCUACUAGAAUGUAUUUCAACUUUUUUGAUUCUUUAUAUAAGAUUAUUUUUUGAAAAUAUUAACAAACUUGUGAAUUUCUUUGACAAAUAACUUCAAUCUUGUCCUGUGAAACAGGAAGUAGUAAGGUUUUUUGUUGUUGCAUUUUCUAGCAUCCUUUUCAGCACAUGUAUGUGUGUAUGUGUUCAGAAUAAUUUUUGACCAAAUUGCCCUGGCCAUAAACCUUAUUUUAUUUGGCGGGGAAACAAUCUUGUAUGUAUAAGGUUUAGCAUGUGGCUUAUGAGACGCAUGGUGGCCAUUUUGGAUUUGAUGAGCAGGGGGCCAGUGGAGAGGCGGGGUGUGAGGGCUUUCUCGAUAAGUGAUGUCAUCUCAUUUGCAGGGCAAUGCCGGACGCUCAUGUCUAUUACUGUGGAAUGCAAAGAAUGUAGCCAGCCCUAAACACGGACCUUGUCACACACACAAUGCAAAAUGGACUACAAAAGGACUACAAACAUGGAUGCUACUCCGCAGUGUUUAAGGUUGACUACCAAAUGUUGACAUCAUUCAUCCAUAUGAUGCUUGACACAGUAAACAUGACAAACAGACACUUAUACACACUAACAGGACUGCAUCUUGACAGAUGACGGUCUGCUCUGAAUGUACACUUAUUAGAAAGCAACCUCAGUUUCUGCAACUGCAGCAGGAUCUGUUUAAUAUGCCCAACUGGGACGUGUGACCUGUGAACUUUUGAAUGGUCACCGUGUCUCCAUGGAGACGGAGUAUGGUUACAGGGCGUCUGUCGGUAACAGACAAUGGACUCGUUAAAGACACCACUGGGCAUGUGUCAGUGUUGGCAUGGGUUUAAGGACGUUUGGCUGGCUCUUUUUUUUUUUUUUUUUUUUUUUUUUCUUUGAAGUCAGAAAAUAAUACUGAGAUAUAUGCACAAGCGUGUAAAUGUGAUUGGACUUGCUGCAACACGCUGGAGAUGCAACAGGUGUGUCCUGAUGAGCUGUGUCUCAUAACGGAUGAACCUACAGUGUGUGAACAAACCUGCAUCUGGCGUUAAGAAAAAAAAAAAAAGUAUUCUAUUCGUAUUGCCCAACAUUUUAAUGUUUAAUAUGAGAGUAUUAUAUUACCAUGAUGAUUAUGAUUAUUCUUGUGCAAUUCUUGUCUACUGUUGUCUUAAUGUUACAUUAUUUUUCUAUUUUAUGAGAUGAAAACAUGAGGCUUGAAAAUGAUGGCCAUCCUUUAAAAAAAUGGAAACUAUAUGAUCAUACUUGUACACAGAGAGUGAAUGUUGCAGGUGGCUAGCUUACUCUUGUCAGGUCAACCCUUCAUCAUUUCUCAUGGGGCGCUACUCUUACCUAGCAGAUGUACUAUUUUAAACGCAGUAUUACUGUAUUAUUUGGAUGAGACAUUAUCCAGUUAUAAAAUGUACAUAGAUAUUUUGCCAAUUCAUUGUUCAUACAUGUAAUGUAAAAGAGAAAAGAAAGGAAAGGAAAGUAUGUGGCACUGGAAACAAGGUACCAAAAUAAAGGUUGGAAAUUAAAAGAAAGCGGUAGAUUGUAGAGAUUGUAUUUUGAGUGAAAACUGAAAUGGGUUAUUUGGUUAUAUCACUGUUGACCAACUUAUGUACAUAGGCUUGGGCUUCCAGCACACUGAUUUUUGUAAUUUUGGCCAUUAUUUAUAUCCUUGUAAAACACAUGGAAUAAAAUAUGAAUUGUUAAAACCA